UCUAUUAUUUUUCCUUAACAACCAAACAAAACUAAAGAAGAUUAUUUUCCUCAAAUUAUUUUCAUCACCAUUUUUCUUAGGAACCAAACACAAUUGAGAUUUCAAAAGUCCUUCAUUUCCUUUUCCUUUGCAUUUUCAUUUUCCUUAUAUUGAAAUCCAUGAACCAAUCAGAGCCUAAGAGAAGCGUGUAAUUGAACCAAAGAAAAGACAAAAGAGGAGAAAUCGUCAAUUGGACCGUGACGCACCCUGCACUUUGUAGCCACGUUCCACUUUCUCCCUCUUCAUCUUGUCACCCACCCACGCGCCGGGGAGAUACCAAAGAGGAGAAGGAAAAUUCCUUUGCACUCCGAUCUCAAUCCCCGCAAAACCCUAUCAACACUCCAAUUUACUAUCAAUUUAUACCUGAUUAUCAGUCUCAUCGUAUUUAACUGCUGGAUAUUAAGUAAUUCAGUAGCAUUGUAGUAAUUUUAUCAAGUGAUUGAUCGUUAUCGACAUACUAGAAUAAACUGAUCGAAAUCCAAAGGUUUGGAGAUGCAGAGGCAGAGUCCACCAAAGCAUAGGCACGAUGGAACUUCGCCUUUGCCUUUGGGAAUGGAUUGGAGCCCUCCGCCUCGUAAUUGGGCCGGGGGAGAAACUGUUUGGCCUCAUGAUCCUCGCACGGGAUGGAGUUACUGCAUUACAUUACCUUCCUGGAUUGUACUUGCAAAAUCAAGAGAUUCUGACCCUACAGUGUUUUACAGGGUACAAGUCGGCAUACAAUCACCAGAAGGGAUUACAACCACAAGAACUAUCCUGAGAAGAUUUAAUGAUUUCUUGAAGUUGCAUGCUGCUCUUAAACGAGCCUUUCCUCGGAAAAACAUUCCUUCAACACCUCCAAAGGGACUCUUGCAGAUGAAAACGAGGGCAAUGCUGGAAGCGAGGAGGAGUUCUUUAGAGGAAUGGAUGGCAAAGUUACUAUCAGACAUUGAUGUGUCAAGAAACAUUGUUGUUGCGUCAUUUCUUGAACUGGAAGCUGCUGCUAGGUCAUCAUUCCAAGAGGUGGGUCAACAGAGUUCCGAUUCACAUAUUUCUGUGAAUAGCACAGACUCAUCUCUUCAUGUUCAUCCAAAUUCAAGCAUAUCCGUGGUAGCAGGAAGCUCAUCGCGUACAUCAGACUAUGGCAGUGAUACAGCUUAUGAGACGUCUGAGAUUGGUACUCCACGCCUUGGAAUGGAUAACAACUCCGAAGCUGGGACAGAGGACCAGUCAUUUGAUGAUGACAUGACAAGUCCAGUAGACAAGUUUGUGAAGUAUGGAAUGUCGAGCAUUGAUGAGGGUUUGUCCAUGGGGCAGGCUAUUCUGGAGAAGCUCGAAAGUUUUCCUACGCAUAAAAUGCAUGCUAGAGAGACUCAUUAUAAUUUGGACCGCAACAUGAGUAACGGAAGUUCUUCUAAAGCCUCUCAUCAUACGGAAGGUACAUUGGAGAAUCUUUCUGAACCAGACAUUGGCAGAGAUCAUGUUCGAAAGCUGUCAAAUGAGAGUAUUGGAAGCGACAGGAGUUCUCAAAGAGGUAGUGAUUUUUCAAACUUUGCAUUUCCUAAUUCAGAUGGGCAUGGAGUUUUUGAUUUGAGAAGUGGGACUGAGAUCUCAAGAACCAUUGGGACUGUUAGAGACCCAGAUUAUGAACUCCCUGAUGAUAUACGCCUGUUGGUCCCAAUGGAUCAGCGCCAAAAGAUGAAUAGAUUAGUUGUCACGUUGCAACGGAGGCUAAUCACAGCCAAAACUGAUAUGGAGGAUCUUAUAUCACGGUUGAAUCAAGAAAUUGCUGUGAAGGAUUAUCUUGCAACAAAGGUGAAGGAUUUGGAAGUGGAUCUUGAAACUACCAAACAGAAAAGUAAAGAGAACCUUGAGCAAGCUAUAUUAAUUGAAAGGGAAAGAGUGACCCAAAUGCAAUGGGAUAUGGAAGAACUUAGGCGGAGGUCCAUGGAAAUGGAACUGAAGUUGAAUUCUCAACAGGCCCAGAGGACGGACACUCAGUCCACAGAUUCACAAGGCAAUCAGCAGAAUGAUAUUUUAUACCAGGAGUUGGAUUCCGCAAAGCAGCAGUUUGAGGACUUGUUGAAGCGACAUCAAGAGCUAGAAUCAAAGUCCAAAGCUGAUAUCAAAGUUCUUGUGAAAGAAGUUAAAUCUCUAAGAAGUUCCCAAUCAGAACUAAAUCAACAACUUAAACUGUCACUCAAAGAAAAAUCUGAAGUGAAGGAACUUCUUCAAGAAGAAAGAGAAAGAAAUGAGCAAACAAGAAUCUCGUGGAGGAAGCUGCUACAGAAAUGCAAGAUUCUUCAUGAUCAACUUCAGGAGUGCAAUAUGAAUAACAUAAUGCACAGAAAAGGAGAUUCUCUGCAAAGAAAUAUUCCAUCAACGUUGGAUCCUUCAGAUAUUCUAGACACAUCUGGCAAUCAAAUAGGCCUUCUCCUUGCGGAGGUUCAGCAUUUAGCGGAGGAUGAUGAUUAUUCUGCGUCAACCACUGAUAGAGUUGCUGAGUCAGAUGAAGAUGUGAGCUCUGUAGACGAGGAGUUGAGGCAGAUGCUAACAAGAAUAUUAGUCGAUAAUGGUGAAUUGAGAAAACAGGUGAACUUGCUUACUGUUGAUGCCCUUAAGGUGAACAAAACAAAUGAGGAAGUCGAUAGUGAUAGUGAACCACAUUCAGAUGUAAAUGUAAAAAAGUGAGAUUUGAGUUAAAAGACAACUUUUGAGGAAUGUUGUAAAAUUAGUAUAGGCCAAUAUACCACAACACAGCAAGGAUGAAAAUAAUGUGUAGAGUGCGCAAUACAAAACCAUGGGAGUUUUUCUUCUUGCACUUUGUCAGCACCAUCCCCCAUGUAUGCAAUUCAUUCAUCAAACUCUAUUCGGUUUCCUAAUUUUUAUAAUUGAUGAUAUUGUUUUUGUUCAA